ACGUGUUUCCGUGAGCACUCGCUGACGGAGUUUUCUCUCUUCGUUGUUUCGGCCUACCUAUUUUUAUUUUUCCACAAAAAAAUAAAGUUACAGGUUACGUGUUUCAUUUUUAAGAGGAAUCUUGUUUAUCUGGAGCCGGAGCGGUGGCAGAAAGCUAUAUUGAUGCUUGUCUUUAUUUCUGCAUGAUGGUCGCUUUCCUCGCUGUUGCUGUUCCCUGAGGGUCCGACCCUCAUCGUCCUCUCUCGCCGCCAGACCCUAUGGAGGAGUAGCUCUUGAGUGACAGGUACGAGAACCAAUCGCACGUCAAGAAAGGGCAUCAGACUCGCAACGGCAGGGCCGAGAGGAAGAGAGGAUGUCGUCUAACCGGACUCAGACCCCUCACGGUCUGAAGCAGAUUGGGCUGGACCAGAUCUGGGAUGACCUGCGGGCAGGUAUACAGCAGGUGUACACCCGGCAGAGCAUGGCCAAGUCACGCUACAUGGAGCUCUACACUCAUGUGUAUAAUUAUUGCACUAGUGUGCAUCAGUCAAAUCAGGCCCGCGGUGCAGGCGCCCCCCCGGCAAAACCUUCAAAGAAGACCCCGACGCCCGGAGGAGCACAGUUUGUGGGACUGGAACUCUAUAAGAGAUUAAAGGAAUUUCUGAAGAAUUAUCUUACGAAUUUAUUAAAGGAUGGAGAGGAUCUGAUGGACGAGAGCGUCCUGAAGUUCUACACGCAGCAGUGGGAGGAUUACAGGUUCUCCAGUAAGGUUCUCAAUGGGAUUUGUGCUUACCUCAACCGUCACUGGGUCCGCAGAGAGUGUGACGAGGGUCGCAAGGGUAUCUAUGAAAUCUACUCUCUGGCCCUGGUGACGUGGAGAGAAUGUUUGUUUCGGCCGCUGAAUAAGCAGGUCACAAAUGCAGUAUUAAAGCUGAUCGAGAAGGAGAGGAAUGGAGAAACCAUCAACACCAGACUCAUCAGUGGAGUGGUGCAGUCCUAUGUGGAGUUGGGUCUCAACGAGGAUGACGCCUUUGCUAAAGGCCCGACUCUAUCCGUCUACAAGGAGUACUUUGAGAGCCAGUUCCUGGUCGACACGGAACGGUUUUACACGAGGGAAAGCACAGAGUUCCUGCAGCAGAAUCCCGUUACUGAAUACAUGAAGAAGGCGGAGUCUCGUCUCCUGGAGGAGCAGAGACGGGUACAGGUGUAUCUCCACGAGAGCACACAGGACGAGCUGGCCAGGAAAUGUGAGCAGGUCCUCAUCGAGAAACACCUGGAGAUCUUCCACACAGAGUUCCAGAACCUUCUAGACGCAGACAAGAACGAAGAUCUAGGUCGUAUGUACAAUCUCGUGUCACGGAUCACAGACGGGUUGGGAGAGCUAAAGAAACUUUUGGAGACGCACAUUUAUAAUCAGGGCCUGGCUGCUAUAGAGAAGUGUGGGGAGUCUGCUCUCAAUGACCCCAAAAUGUACGUCCAGACCAUUUUGGAUGUCCACAAGAAGUACAAUGCCCUGGUCAUGUCAGCAUUCAACAAUGACGCUGGUUUCGUGGCUGCUUUGGACAAGGCUUGCGGACGCUUCAUUAAUAACAAUGCUGUUACCAAGAUGGUGCAGUCCUCAAGCAAAUCUCCAGAAUUACUGGCCAGAUACUGCGACUCGUUGCUCAAGAAAAGCUCCAAAAACCCAGAGGAGGCAGAACUUGAAGACACACUCAAUCAAGUGAUGGUGGUGUUCAAAUACAUCGAGGACAAAGACGUGUUCCAGAAGUUUUAUGCAAAGAUGCUGGCCAAACGUCUGGUCCAUCAGAACAGUGCUAGUGACGACGCUGAGGCCAGCAUGAUCUCCAAACUUAAGCAAGCGUGCGGCUUUGAAUACACAUCAAAACUACAGCGCAUGUUCCAGGACAUCGGAGUGAGCAAAGACCUCAACGAACAAUUCAAGAAGCACCUCUCAAACUCUGAGCCUUUAGACCUGGACUUCUGCAUCCAGGUGCUGAGCUCAGGUUCUUGGCCUUUCCAGCAAUCCUGCACGUUUGCUCUGCCGUCAGAGUUGGAGAGGAGCUACCAAAGGUUUACAGCCUUUUACGCAAGCAGACACAGUGGCCGUAAGCUCACUUGGCUUUACCACCUGUCUAAAGGAGAACUGGUCACCAACUGCUUUAAAAACCGCUACACCUUACAGGCGUCCACCUUCCAGAUGGCCAUUCUACUGCAGUUUAACACAGAAGAUGUUUAUACAGUGCAACAGCUGACAGACAGCACGCAGAUCAAAAUCGAUAUUCUGGUACAAGUUCUCCAAAUAUUAUUGAAAUCCAAGUUGCUGGUUUUAGAAGAUGAGAACGCGAAUGUGGAUGAAGCAGAGUUCAAACCCGAAACCCUUAUAAAACUCUUCUUGGGCUAUAAAAAUAAAAAGCUGCGAGUGAACAUUAAUGUGCCAAUGAAGACAGAGCAGAAGCAAGAACAGGAAACAACCCACAAAAACAUCGAGGAGGACCGAAAACUCCUUAUUCAGGCGGCCAUUGUGAGAAUCAUGAAGAUGAGGAAGGUUCUGAAGCACCAGCAGCUUCUGGCAGAAGUUCUGAAUCAGCUCUCGUCCCGGUUCAAACCCAGAGUCCCUGUCAUUAAGAAAUGCAUCGACAUCCUCAUAGAGAAAGAGUAUCUGGAGCGAGUGGAUGGAGAGAAGGACACCUACAGUUAUUUGGCCUAAACAUUUAUUUGCUCCCCUACAGUCUUCUGUCUGUCUCUCUCACGCUCACUUUUUUAAGUUGUUUCUUGGGUAAUAAAUAUCAUUCCUCUUGAUGUUCAGCCUGUUUUGAUGGGAGUAUGAAAGGAAGGUAUUUAAAGAGGAUGAACGGAAAAGCGUGUGUGUGAGAGCUGGACGUGACUGUUACUCUGGAACGUCCCGCCCUGGAAGGACAAGACUGUGUUUUGAAAUGUACAUAAUUACAAACGGAGACCUCCAGCUUUAAUCUCGCAAAAUAAAACAUAACAGGUUUAAAAAGCCCAAUCAGAAAUAAACCCUUCCCGUUACGCAUGCUAUUGCCUAUCAGCAUUUAAAUGAAUAAAAGAUGAACAAGGAUGAAUUGAAAUCCUAGAGAGAUGCCUGGAUAAUGUUUUGGGUAAUGAAGCUGAAAAUAUAGGAAAAAGGUGCAGUUUUCGGUGCACAUGCCAGGAGGAAAGGAGUUGGUCCGGUUUAUAGAUGUGUACUCGGAAUUGUUUCCUGCUAUCAGAAAACCAUUUGUAUAGUGUGGUUCACUUUUUUAAUUGUAUGUUAAAUAAAAGAAUUAAACGUU